CCUGAGGCGUCUCUGCAGCUCGUCUUUGGUGCAAACAGGUGGAAUGAAGCUGGACAGCUCCUCUGAUGAGAAGGACUGAAGCUCUUCAUCCUCCUUCUGUCUAGGCUCAACUCCCACACUUCAUCCAGGUGACCCCAGAGUGACACACCUCUUUCCUGCCGUCACAUUUACAGAUGGACGACCGCCAUCCGCCACUGCUGUAGGUCAGCAAUGGCCCAGGUGUUUCCUGCUGGUGGAGGAGAUGAAGCCCAGUCCGGACUCUGUGUUGGUCAUCAUGGGCUCCCUGGAUGGAAGCACGCCGGUUGAGAGGCUGCUUUCUGCGAUUCAUCUGGAGAGGUACCUGGACACCUUCCAUCGAGCCGGUCUCCUAUUGGCUAGAGACUUCACACACCUUGACAGCGAUGCAUUGGUCAGUCUGGGCAUAACUGCCACAGGACACAGGAAGAGAAUCCUACGAUUGGUCGGUUACAUCGAGAGGACAGAAGGCCAAAGAGCCAAUCGGAACGCAGAUCUCCCUCGUGACCGCUGUCAGUCAGUUUGUUCUUCGAAGUGUGGUCGCACCGAGUCGCCCCGUCAGGAGGUGAUCAGGAACAGCUCUGCUCCCGAUCUCGCCGCCAUGCUGGCAAACUCCGAUGGCGGCAGGCCAACAGUGAAGCCGGUCCCCAAACCGAGAACUGUCUUCAAUCGCCGCAGGACUGCGCCCAUCCAGUUCACCCCAACACCCGACCCUGCUCCACCCCUACCCAGGAGGCUUUCCCAGGAGUCCAUCUGCCUCACUGUGCUGGAAAGUCUGAGCUCAGCGGACAUGCCCACAGCAGACAGUGCUUUGACCUCUGACCUCAGUGACAAGGCGCCGUCACCAAGCCGAAGGUCGAGCCAUGGGGAGAGAACUGGGAAUGGCCGCUGCAGGUCUCUGUCAGACACUGGAGGGUUACCGCCGGUUCCCCCGAGGCUGAACCGCAUCGUCCCCCCCGCCUCGAUGCAGGGGACUCCUCGCACUUCUUCUUCUUCCCCUGUUCCCACAGAGCAUUUGCAGGCGCCGUCCUUCAUUUCCUGCACGGGUAGUCAUGACAACAGCAGGCUCUCUGGAUCCUCCCCCUCCGCUUCUCCCCGAGGAGGAGGCCUAGAGAUGGUCUCCAAUGAGAUAUAUUGGGGCACGUUACACAGCUCUGCUGCCCCCGGUGGGAAGAGGAAUUAUUGCAGCCAGCAGUCGGCUCCUCCCACUCCACCCAGACAGACACCUGAGAGGAACUGCGAGAGGAACAGUGGCAGCACUUUAAGUAACAACUCUUCAGGAUCAGCCAGAGCCUCCACGGACGACCCCGAGGACGAGAUCAGCCCGUACUGUGAGACUGUUUUCCAGACCCGGAGACAUCCUCCUGCCGCUGAGAGCGAGAGAAGCAGACAUGAAGGAAGGGAGGCGAGGAAAGAGGAGAAGCACGCAGAGGAUCAUGGGGGUCACAGGUUCUCGUGGACGAAGCGUUUUUCGCAGCCGUUUCACCCCGGGGACUCGGCAGGUUACAGCACUGUGGGAGAAGCUCCACCCUCCCUCCGCUGCCUCUCGCUGCCCCACCACACCCUCCCCUGCGAGGCCGACGAGGACCUUACCAUCUCCCCCUACGCCAGUUACACCUCCCUGACCGAGAGAGCCCCGCCCAUCAUUAGCAGCUGGCUGGACAAGCUGUCUCCGCAGGGGGGUCAGAGGUCAUCUCUGCCCGUUCUGCUGUGUGUCCUUCUGUCUGCUCCUCCCUGUGUCUCCUUCCUCCUGAGGACAUGCCUCUGCCUCGUCACUGUCCUUUCCUCCUCUUCCUACACUCGGAACUAUGUUUUCCAGAAACGCUUCGUGAAGUUUGACGGCAAAAACUUGAUGUACUUCGGCAGUGAGAAGGACGCCUACCCAAAAGGAGUCAUCCCAUUGGCUGCCAUCCAGAUGGCCCGUCCAGCCAAAGACAAUAAAUUUGAAAUUGUGACGAGUCACCGGAUCUUUGUGUUCAGGACGGAUAACGAAGUGCUGCGGCGGCGCUGGGUGUCCACACUGCAGGAACACGUCAGAGAUCAGCUGGUGUUUGGACGGCGGCGUUUUGGUCCUGGAGCUCACUGCCAGAAACAUGGGGGCCUGGAACUCAAAGGAACAAAAUCCAAAGUGUACGCUGCCAUCAACACGGACCAGAUCUGGCUCUACAAGAGCGAGCAGUGUUUCCGUAACGGCAUCGGCAUCACGGUGAUCGAAGCUCGCGGAGCAACGAUCCGAGAUGGAAAACACAAGAGCUUCGACCUCAUCACGCCGUAUAAAACUUUCAGCUUCACCGCAGACUCAGACCGGGACAAACGGGACUGGAUGGAGGCACUGCAGGAGGCGAUCGCAGAGACUCUGUCAGAUUACGAGGUGGCCGAGAAAAUCUGGUCCAACCGCUCCAACAGGAUGUGCGCGGACUGCAAGGCCCUGAACCCCGACUGGGCCUCCAUCAACCUGUGUGUGGUCAUCUGCAAGAACUGCGCAGGCCAGCACAGAGGGCUGGGCACGAUGGUCUCCAAGGUUCAGAGUCUGAAACUGGACACGAGCGUGUGGAGCAACGAGAUCGUUCAGCUCUUCAUCAUGCUGGGGAACGACCGGGCCAACGACUUCUGGGCAGCCCGUCUGUCCGUCUCUGAGGAGUUGGACUGCGAUGCGUCGGCUGAGCAGAGGAGAGAGUUCAUCGCCCAGAAGUAUCGCGAGGGUCGAUACCGCCUUGCCCACCCGGCGUUCAGCAGCCAGGAGGAGCUGCUCAAGGUUCUGUGUUCAGCCGUCUCUGAGCAGACUCUCCUGAAAACGGUGACUCAGAUUUUCUCAGAGGCGGAGUCAGCUCACCUUGCCAACGACUCCAACGGCCGCCACCCCCACCUAGCGGAUCACUGCAGCACAUCAGAUCCCAGCGUCUACGAUGAAAUCAUGCAGCCGGUUCUUCACUCUGGGUACCUCUACAAGUCGAGCUCUGCCAACAGAGGAACAAUGUCCAGAAAAAACAGAGAAGACUUCCAGAAGUUCUGGUGCUCGGUGGAUCAGUCUCUGGUCUUCUACGAGUCGGAUCGAUCAGCUGAUCCCAGCCUGCAGAUCAGCGCUAAAGACAUCGUGUGUUUGGGCGUCAGUCGACCCGACUCCUCCAACAACAACGGAUUCAUUGACAGGUUUCGUUACACCUUCGAGUUGUAUCUGACGUCGGAGAAACUCUUUCAGUUUGGCUUGGAAGCGUCCGACGAGCUGCACAGCUGGACCAAAGCCAUCGGAAAGGCUGCCACGCCACUCAGCUGUCACUGCCUGCUGACCCGAGAGUUUGAACGGGUCGGGCUUCUACGGUACCGGGCGAUGCUGGACCCUCAGCAGUGGAAGGAGGCUUACUUUGUCCUGCAGAAGUCCAACCUGUUCAUCUGUCCCCGCAACGACGGCGCCGCCGAGGACAUCAUCAACCUCAACCGCCUGCAGGAGCUGAGUAUCACCUCCGAGAUGGAGAACCAGGAGAAGAAAGACAUCCUGGUCCUGGUGGAAAAAGGAAGAACGCUCCACCUGCAGGGCGUCGGUCGCGCAGACUUCUCUCUGUGGUACUCCGACAUUCAGCGAGCAGCCGGCGGUAAAGGAAACGCUCUGAGAGACCAGCAGAUGAGCAGGAACGACAUCCCCAUCAUCGUGGACAGCUGCAUCGCCUUCAUCACACAGUACGGUCUGGGUCACGAAGGCAUCUACAGGAAGAACGGAGCCAAAUCCAGGAUCAAGCUGCUGAUGGAGGAGUUCCGCAGAGACGCUCGAAACGUCAAGCUGCGGAUCGGGGACCACUUCAUCGAGGACGUGACCGACGUACUGAAGAGGUUCUUCAGAGAGAUCGAUGACCCAAUCUUCAUGGUCGACCUCCACCCACUGUGGCAGGAAGCUGCCAAAAUCCCUCAGAGGCGUGCGAGGCUGGACCGUUACAAAGACAUCAUCUGCACUCUACCCCGAGUCAACCGGACCACCCUGGCUGCUCUCAUCAGUCACCUGUACAGGGUCCAGAAGUGCGCAGAUCUGAACCAGAUGUGCACCAAGAACCUAUCGCUGCUCUUCGCUCCAAGUCUGUUCCAGACGGAUGGGAAAGGUGAGCAUGAGGUGAAGAUCGUGGAGGACCUGAUAGACAACUACCUGUACGUCUUUGAAAUUGAUGAGGAGCAUCAGACCCAGAUUGAGCUGGAAAUCAGCCUCAUCACCACCUGGAAGGACACUCAGCUCUCUCAGGCCGGUGAUCUGAUCAUUGAAAUCUAUCUGGAGAUGAAGAUACCCGACUGCUGCAUAACUCUCAAAGUGUCUCCCACCAUGUGUGCUGAGGAGCUGACCAAUCAGGUUCUGUACAUGAGGAACGUCCCAGCUGGGGACAAAGACGUCUGGAUGACGUUCGAGGCCAUCGAGGACGGUCAGCUGGAGCGUCCGUUACACCCCAAAGAGAAGGUCCUGGAGCAGGCUCUGCAGUGGUGUAAGAUGGCCGACCCGAGCUCCGCCUACCUGGUGGUGAAGAGGGUCCCUAAAGGAGAAGGCAUCACUCUCCUCACCUCCUAUAAGAGCGAGAUCAUGAAGGUGGGUCUGCUGAGGUGUCGCGAGGAGCCUCCGAAGCUCCUUCAGGGGACCAGGUUCCAGGAGAGAACGUUCCAGAUUCGACACCACAAACUGCUGCUGCUCAAAGACAAGAAGAGCAUCAAACCUGAGAAGGAGUGGGCUCUGAAGUCCUUAAAGAUCUACAUCGGCAUCCGCAAGAAGCUGAAGGCUCCAACCAGGUGGGGCUUCACAGUGAUGUCAGACAAACACCAGCUGUACCUGUGCUGCAGCAGCGAGGCCGAGCUGUGGGAUUGGAUCACGAGCCUUCUCAGAGCUCAGAACGAUGACCCGGGUCCUCCAGUGCUGCGCCGCCACUCCUCCUCUGACAUCUCCAAGCAGAAGUUCGGAACGAUGCCGCUCGUCCCCAUCAGAGGAGACGAGAGCAACAGCAGCAUGCUGUCGGCCAAUCAGACGCUGAGGAAACUACACGACCGGAGAACUCUCUCCAUGUACUUUCCCAUGAAGGUCCAGCAGGACUCGUUCGAGGAACGCUCGGAGUCUCCUGACCUGCCUGAGCCGCUCUAUGAGGAGGUCGGCGACUUCGGCCUGCAGGUCCUGAAGUCUCUGGAGACCAGCUUCCUGUCCAGCAGCAUCGCAGAGACCCAGGAAGUGCCAGACCACCCCCCACUCAGGUUGGUUCCCGUGGAGUCCAGAGAUUUGGAUCACAUGAUCAUCCCGGAAGUAGUCCGGAUGGCGAGAGGCUCCGUGGAGACUCUGGAGCAAAGCAGCAGCAGUAGCGGAGGAGCCGGCGGAGGCGAUGGAGAUGCAGGCUCUCCAGAUUCAGAUGCCGCCAGCCAGCCUGCAGUGAGAAGCAGGCAGAAGCUGAUGGGAGUCUGCACGCCAUCGCAGGAACUGCUCCUGCAAGAGCUGUCCUCCGCCUUCAUCAAGAAUACCACGGAGGAGGAGCGGGAGGAAGAGGAGAGGCCCUACGAUGUCUGAGGACCGAACGGUGGGGUCACAUGAUCUCCCUCCAUUCACAGCACGCCAGCAGUCGACUCAAGGAAGCCAUUCAGGUUACAGAGACAACGAUCGCAUGACCUCAUACAGGACCCGUCAGGCAGACUUUACUGUAAAAGCUGCGGCUGAGGAGGGCCAUGUGAUUCGGCCGCCUGUAGGUGAUUGGAGCUCAGUUUUGGGCUGUACUAACAUCAGCGGCUCUCUGACUUUUUCAGCCUGUGUGCAGCGUCCUCUGCAGCCAGGAGAGGGCGCUGUAUCAGUUUGUACUUAACAGACUGAGAGCUGAGUCGUUCUCUUUAUGUAACAGGAAGUUUGAUCACACGUGUUUAAUUGUGAAUGACUCACAAACGGUGAAAAAUGUUUUUAUGAUAUUUUAAUGUUUCCAACGAGUCUAAUCUGAUAUCUCACAUCAGUAACCUUCUCUAACCUGUCAGUUCAAAUACUCAAUGAAGCUCACACAGGUAAAGGAGGAAGGUGUCACAGGUAACCCGCAGCGCUGUUCCUGCGGAUGUGUUUAAAUAAAGUUAGAAGAGACUAAGUGACAGAGAGCCGGCUUCAGUGACGACUCUGGGAUUACACAUCAGAUUACACAAACGAUGACAUCAUAGAAACGCAGAGCUGUGAAGAUUAAAUUGAAGUAAACGAGCUGCAACAUGUGGAACCAAUCAAACUGUGAACACAGUUGGUCACAUCUAAACGCAGGCGCCUCGUUGGUCAGUUCUAUACGUCUGUGUGUAAAGUGACCAAUGAGACGCCUGCCUCAGUCUUAAAUUGGCUGUCUGGAAGUCAUGCGUUGGUUUGGCGCCUCCUGCUGGGACAGUGUAACGUGUUCUUCCUGUCGCUCUGUCAGCGCUAAUGCUGCAUUUUCUGUGAGGAUUUCAUAAUAAAAGUCAUGUGAUGAUCCAGCUGGAGUUCAUAGUACUGCAGUACUUCCAUCAGUUAUCACUUUGUAUUAGUUUGGAAGCUGUAUGAACAUUUUUAUAGACAUGUUAUUCAUAUAAAGACAAUUGUAAACAUAUCUGCAGUAACACACACGUGUGUAUUUAUGGAUGUGUUUCCCAGUAGCCACAGUGUUCCAGUAAAGCUGCUGGCCUCACUGGUUUGUGUUGCUGAAACCUCCGUGUGCUCAUGUUCCUGUACAGAUUUGGGAUGUGUUAUUAAACUGCUGGUUUGCUGCAAACUGAUUGGUUCAGAGCUGUCAUGCCUUAUCCAAUAUUUCCUCUUAUUCUGAAAAGCUUCCUCUUGAUGGUUUGGCAGGAUGUGAUGCAGAGAGCGAGCAGCAGGUAUUCAAACAUUCUGCAGGGAAGUCUUCUUACAGAGAAACUGCUUCCUCCGAGGGAGGAAGCAGAGUGUGGACAGCCUCUCAAAGAAGCUGAAUUAAUCAGAUCUGAGAGCAAACUCGAACACAAAGAUCACAUUGUUAAGGGUUCAAUAUUGAGGAAGGGUACAAGAGGUGAUCGAAGAAUAACCACACUGAUCCGGCCGGGUGAAGUCAAACGAUGAUUUUAAUACACACGUGGGAAGAUCACCACAGACAGCAAUUGAUCUUCGACUUAAUCAAAGCAUAAACAGAUAUUUUAUAUCACCUGGGCUUAAAUUUAAUGACGCCCCUUCAACGUCACAAAUACAUUUUAUACAUAGAUCAGAUCAAAACCACAAUGACUUUUAACACAAUUUAAAAGAACGCCGCCGUCGUCUUCAUAACAGGUACAUCCUGUUACUGCCGGAUGCUCGCUUGUCAUCCAGACACAUCAGCAGCAGUUCUGCGACAAACUGCUCCUUUUGCAACCCCAAGCAAAACAUGAUUAAACUUUCACCUAUAAAUGAUUCUCUCUAACUGAGUGAGUGUGUGUGUGUGUGUGUGUGUUAACCACAAUUGCACCCUACUUCACCUCGCCGACUGGCUCCUGACCUCUCACCAGACAGAGAGACAGAAGCCACUCUCAUAUAUAUACUAACCUGAACUGAAACUAUGUAUAUAUCAUUUACUAAAUAAAUGUUUUAAUCAAGCACCUCUACUAAAAGCUUAAUACAAAACUAUGAACUUAUAUCAGGUUAUUUUUAUUAUCAUUUAUAAGUGUUUUGUAAGCAUGUAUUGAAAUUUCUUCUAUGUUCUAGUUUCCCUCAGCAUGUAUCACCUGGACAGUCACGCCAGUGAAGCUUAAGACCCUUAAUGAACCGAACAUCAACUCAAAACAAGCACAGAUAUGCAAUGUGUAUAACAUAAUCAUAACUGCAUCUGAAAUACAAAGUUAAUAUGAUAACAGUAUGCAUAAACAUCUUAAGGCCAUCUUAAAGCUAUCCGUUACAUUGUUAAAGCAAUGAUCAUACUGCAGAUUAUAUUAUGCUGGUAAAAUACUUUUGUUCAUCCCCACAACAUCCAACUUUAUUUAUUCAGACUUUCCUAACAAAGACACAAAUUUCCCAAAGGAACGUCAUAACUGUGCCGGCACUGUUAGCGAUCCAUCCAGAAGCUCACAGAGAACCCACAGCAUCGGUUUGUCAGCUAAAAUACCAGCUGACUGAUCACAGGGAGGGGUCAGUGAUGGUCGGUUUUCACACGGACCUCUGUUUCACAAUCAGAAGGUUCGCCACCUGCUGGAUUUUAGAAGGAACACGCUUCCAUGUUGGCUUCACUCUUAAGAUCAGGAAGCUACGUCCAAUUUUUAGACUUUAUCACUUCUAAACUGACAAGUUAUUAAACAUGAAGCAAAGACCAUGAUCCCACCCGCUGGCUUUUAAAGAGCUCUGUAGUUAUCUCAGUGUCCAUCGUCUCUCCUGGUCCGUCACUCUGUGGAGAAACACAAGCUCCAGCAGCUGCGAGGAGGGUGUGCGUGUUUCCUGAAUCAGUAACAGCUCACAGGUGAACAGGAUGUAUGCAGGUAAACCGGAGGGUCCGUCGAGCUGAUCGGUGGUUUCGUGAGGAUAAUGUCGAUACGUGCAUGCAUUUGUGCGAGCUGCAGAUGGAGACUUUGUUUGCUGAGGUCUUCAGUCUUGUGAAACCGCCUGACACUCUGGCAGACAGACACAGACACCCUUAACCUGAAACACUGGCACAGGUUAACGUGGAGUCGAAGUCUGAAUAGAACAGAAUAGAAUUCAGCUUUAUUGUCAUUGCACAUGCCCAAAUACAAGGCAACCAAAUGCAGUUUGCAUCCAUCCAGAAAGUGCUUCAGCAAUAAUACAGAUAUACAGUGAGGCAAAAAAGUAUUUAGUCAGCCACCG